UGACUUGUCUGUUCUUGAGUGAGGAACCUAGAAAUUUUCCCUUUUGGGGGGAUAACAUUGGAAGUACUAGGAUGGAACAAGUUGGAUCCGGCGAGAUUUUUCUGAGCACCAUGUCUCGUCGUACCAGAAAUAAUCGUGCCUGGCGCUACGUGUACAGUGGAGUUCAUAGAGAUACUGAUGCCCGGGCUCUAGUAUUGCCCAAUGGGGCCGAAGGUUCUGGCUAUGAUUCCGACGGGCAGCACAGUGACUCAGAUUCUGAACCAGAAUUCCGUUAUUUGCCACCAUCAAUCCCAACUGCAGUCCCUGUAACAGGGGAAUCCUACUGUGAUUGUGUGAGCCAGAGUGACACCCGAUACUGUCCCAGUGUGCGCAGCUUCCAUCGCAUGAAGGACUGUCAUUGUGGAGAGGAGGAUGAAUACUUUGACUGGGUGUGGGAUGACACUAGUAAGUCCUCUGCCACAUUGCUGAGUUUUGAGAACAGAGAGGUCAAUUUCCACAUGGAUUACAGUUGUGGAACAGCUGCUGUCCGAGGCGACAAGGAAAUGAGUGAAGGACAACACUUCUGGGAAAUUAAAAUGACCUCUCCUGUCUAUGGGACAGACAUGAUGGUAGGAAUCGGAACAACUGAUGUCAAACUGGACAAGUAUCGUCAUACCUUCUGCAGCCUGCUGGGAAAGGAUGAAGAUAGUUGGGGUCUCUCCUAUACAGGUGUACUUCAUCACAAAGGUGCCAAGAGCCAUUUCUCAACCAGGUUUGGACAAGGUUCCAUCAUAGGUGUUCACUUGGAUACCUGGUACGGUACCCUGACCUUCUUCAAGAACAGGAAAUGCAUAGGAGUUGCAGCUACAAAAGUGCAAAAUAAGAAGCUCUUCCCAAUGGUUUGUUCAACUGCAGCAAGGAGCAGUAUGAAAGUGAUCCGCUCUUGUUUCUCCCAGACCUCUCUUCAGUACCUUUGCUGCUUGAGACUUCGAGAGCUAAUGCCUGAUCACACCGAUACGCUGGAGGUUCUUCCCCUACCCCCGGGUCUGAAACGCAUGUUACGCAAUCGCUUGGGUUGGGUGCUCUCCAUGAAUCAUGAAAGCAAUAGCAAAGAGGCUGCGUGUGGCUCGUCAGGCAGUGAUUCCGACAGCUCCUCCUCGCUAGAGACAGACGCCUGCCAACGAAAGAGAUGCCGGCGGACUUAACACUCAAAAUAUUGUUUUUUUUAAAAAAAGGCAAAGAUUGUAACUGCAGAAGUUACAACUAUAGUUCCUUUGGACAUGGACCAGUGCUGCUACUUUGAGCCAAAUGCAAGAUGAUCAAAGCUCUCAACUUCUACAUUUUACCGAACUAUUGGGGAAUAAUUUGCCUAUGAACUGGGGGAUGAGCGAUAGUGCUUGCUGUCUGGCAGCAGAAGAUUUCUUUUGACUAUUGUACCUGUGUACAUAAAUGAUUUUUAUUGAAAGGGUAUCAUACAUUUAGGCUUCUUGUAGGUAAUUUAGUGCUUUCAUCUGAAAAUAUUAAAUAUUCAACUCAUUCAAAAUAUUUACCGCAUGUUUUUUUACUAAAGGUUUGUAAUAUCGUUUUUUGUUAGAGGUGCAAUUAAUGCAGGCAAUUGAAACCUAUACCAAUGUUCCUUUGUCAAUUAAAUUUCAAGAAUGUUUAAUGUUACAUGACUUUUUUAAGGAAUAAAGUAAAAUUCAAUCUGGGCAUAAAUC